AUGUUCUGGCUGGGGUUCCUCGCGGCGCCUGCCGCCGUCCAGGCGCAGUUCAGCACCACCAUGCUGCGGUUCGGCUGCUCGCAGCUGACCAUCGACCGCAUCGACCCCCUCGUCGAGCCGGGUAACAUUCCCUCGGCCCACGUUCACCAGAUCGUUGGUGGUAACGCGUUCAACGCCUCGAUGCCCACGGCGGACAUCUCGCAGCUUGCUUCCUGCACCACGUGCACCUUCGCCCAGGACCUGUCCAACUACUGGACCGCUAACGUCUAUUUCCGGGCUCGCAACGGCAGCUUCAAGCGCGUUCCGCAGAUGGUCAACGACAUGAUCGGCGACGCCAACGCGGGCAUCACUGUCUACUACACCGCGCCGGGCCCCAACACGGUCACGGCGUUCAAGCCGGGCUUCCGCAUGUUCUCGGGCGACGUCAACCGCCGCAACUCGACCGGCCUCGGCUCCAAGAUCCAGAGCUGCUUCCGCUGCUACGAUGCUCCCAACUUUGGCGGCAACAUCUACGCGCCCUGCUCCGACCCGCAGCGCGACACCGAGACCUUCCCGACCAAGCCGUGCCCCGGCGGCAUCCGCUCGAGCGUCAUCUUCCCCAUCUGCUGGGACGGCCGGAACCUCGACUCGCCCAACCACAUCGACCACGUCGCCCACCCCGUGGACGGCCCGGCGCCCUUCGCCGUUGUGAAUGGCCAGUGCCCCCAGUCUCACCCGGUCAAGAUCCCGCAGGUGCACUAUGAAGUUGUCUGGGACACCACCGCGUUCAACAACCCACAGGACUGGCCCGAGGACGGCUCGCAGCCGUUUGUCCUGUCCACCGGCGAUCCCACGGGCUACGGCCAACACGGCGACUACGUCUUCGGGUGGGAAGGCGACGCCCUCCAGCACGCCAUGGACAACCGCUGCUUCGGCCCGACCUGCAACGGCCUGACCACACAGGGCUUCGACAAGGCCAACACCUGCAGCGUGGCCCCGGUGGUGAACGAGGACAACGAGGGCUGGCUCGAUGAGCUGCCCGGAGGUCACCACGUCAUGUAA